CAUAACUUGUCAACAAGAAAGGCCGACUGACAUGGUGAAGUCUUCCUGAAAAACAAAAGUCCUAAGAUGGCGCUUCUCUGACAUUUUAUUUUUACCCUUUUUAAGUCAUCACUUUCUGUAUAAUUUCCAGCAUUUUUUUUUAAAGAGGAGAAGCAGUACAACAAUGACAGUCACUUACAACCUCUGUGCCCUUCUGGUUUUCACCUUAACAGCAUGCAGACAUUUUGAGCCUGCCGUCUGCUCUGCCCACUGUGGGCAUUCCCCUCAAGUCUUAGACAGCAACGUGGGAGAGAUCAGGAGUUCUGCUUACCACAGCUGGUCCUACCGCUUUGGCUCUACCUAUGACUGCUGGAUCAUCAAGGGUUUGGAAGGAGAGCCUGUCGUUCUCAGCUUUUCCCAGUUUUCGGCACGGUGUAGGAAGGAAUGGGUGUCUAUAAAGUCAUCAGCUGGCGGUGAGCCGGUGGUCCUUUGUGGCUCCAAGCUGCCGCCGCCCAUGGAGUUCCCAGGGGGAAAUAUUACAGUGAUGCACCACUUCCUCCCACAUCUGUUCCCUGUGUCAUCAUUUCUGUUGAGCUAUGCUCGAGACUCGGGUGAAUGCCCGGUGACAUCUUUUGAAUGCCUGGGGGGCCGUUGCCUUCCCCUCUCCUGGCGCUGCAAUGGCCAGGUGGAGUGUCUUGAUGAAGGUCCUGGCCUCGGCACGGAUGAACAGGGCUGCGAUGCAGAUGUGGGAACCUCAGAACCCCCAAAGCAUGGCAACGCACAAGCAGAAGAAACCAAUAGGAAUACAUAUACAGAAAGAAACCAUGACAGGGACUCUGAGAGACAGAAGGCCGUAGAUGAAACUCAGAACUCAGAUAGGUCAACUGAGAGAGAUACUGAGUCUGAUCUUUGGGGGCUGCUGAAGGACAGGAUGGAUGAGGAGGCCCAGGUGGAUCGAGAGCAGCCUCGGACUCAUAAGGAGCUUGUUGUGACGCCCACACCCGUUGAGUGGCCUUGCGGAGGGCUCAUCCAGACCUUUUAUGGGACCUUCUCUCCUCCAGCCCUUCGAGGUCCUCCUCUGCACUGUGUCUGGACUCUGGACCCACAGGACUCCAGGCCACUCAGGCUGGACCUGCAGCUGCUGGUGCUGGGGCCUGGGGAUAGACUCACCAUCUACAACAAGGAACAAGGCAAAGGAGACAUUAUUAAAAUUAUCACCAGCGCCUCGAAUUACAAAUUAGUCCAAGUGGAAUCCCAUACUGGUCUGCUGUCUAUGACAUAUGACACACUUCGUGACUCAGUGGGGAGUGGUUUUAACGCCACGUUCCACGUCGGGAGCUACUGCCCUCCAUGGGAAGGUCGGUGUGGGGGAGCAUCAGGAGGUUGCUUUACCCAGGAGCAGCGCUGCGAUGGGAAAUGGGACUGUCCCGAGACGGGAAAGGAUGAGGAGGGAUGCAGAGGCUGCAGCCCGAACCAGUUUGCCUGUGGAAUAGCAGGACAGAGGGUGGUGGCAUCCAGCCACUUUGCUGGCAGGCCAGUGUGUUACCCAGUCACAGAGAGAUGCAACUACCAGCUGUACUGUGCGGAUGGCAGCGACGAGAGGGACUGCACCGUGUGCCAGCCGGGGACCUUUCAUUGUGACAGUGACAGGUGUGUGUUUGAGAGCUGGCGCUGUGACGGCCAGGUGGAUUGUAAGGACGGCACGGACGAGCUCAACUGCACCGUCAUCCUGCCCCGCAAGGUCAUCACCGCGGCAACGGUCGGCAGCCUGGUCUGUGGACUCCUGCUGGUGAUUGCCAUGGGCUGCACCUGUAAACUGUACUCGCUCAGGACCAGGGAGUACAGCAUGUUUGCUCCGAUCAGCCGUCAGGAGGCGGAGCUCAUCCAGCAGCAGGCUCCUCCGUCCUACGGUCAGCUGAUUGCCCAGGGCAUCAUCCCCCCUGUGGAGGACUUCCCCACAGAAAACCCCAAUGAGACCUCAUCUCUCUCUCUGAGGGGAAUUCUCCAGCUCCUCCGUCAGGAUGCCGCCAGCUCCCCACAUCGCAGGCGCAGGCCCCGAUUUGUCCGCCGGGCUGUUCGCCGCAUGAGGCGGUGGGGUCUAAUCCCCAGACCUCCCUCCAGGCCGUCUCAGGCGUCGAGCUCCAGCCAGCAGCAGUCAGAUGCCGCUCCUUCUGGUCAGGAAGCAGCUCACUCCACCCCCACGAGCUCCUCGUCGGCUGUGGAGGCGGUCAACCAGCCGGUGCCUCAGAAACUUGGCUUGUUGGGUCAGUCAGAGCAGCAGCAGCAGGAGGAAACUCUGCCCCUGCCACCUGUCGCCUCCCCACCUCCACCUCCCUAUGCUCCCCCAGCGCCACCCCCAGCCACCCCACACACUACUCCUGUUGCCGUCCCCCCGAGCAGCCCCUCUCUGGCCUCCAUCUUCCACACGCUGGGCCUGAGUAUUUCCCUCUUCAGAGCCUCGCCCUCUUCCUCCUCCACCAACUCCAUGCCCCUCUCCGCCUCCCCUUCUUUCUCCUCGUCUUCUUCAGAUGACGAGGUGCUGCUUAUCCCCCUGUCUGAAGACACCACUUCAGAGGAUGACGUGCCCAUGCUCACCUGAAUGACUUCCUCACCUGCCCACUAACCCAUACCCCUUCUCUGUCUCCUUUACACACUGAUAACUGAAACCCAGUCUUUCCACAUUUGUUUGAACCUAAGCACAGGAGUGGCCCACAGCGAGACUCACCCUCACUGUGCAAGUCUGGUGCCUUUUGAAAUUGCUUUGAGUUGGAUUUGUUGACUUAUGGAAUCAAGCGUUCGACCAUUUUUUUAAGACUUCCUUAAGAAAGUAUACGUUUUAAACAGAAAGCAUGGCUGAUGUGUGUCGGAGAGUAAGCGUAGGUGAGUAUUGGUUGUGCACUUAAUUAAUGCUGGGCUGCACAUUGAAGGUAAACUUUUGCACAGAAGAAUCUUCCCUAUCCAGAUACUGAGGCAGGCUACUGUCAGAUUGAAUGAUUAGAGUUUUUAUGAUGGAUAUUAUUGUGUUUGUGUGGCUGGAACCGUGUGAAUGCAUUUGCAUUUUAGUCUUACAUAGGAAGUGGAGUGUGUUUGUAGAUGUGGAUCGUCCCCACAUUCUCCCGCCACUUGCAUCCAGUCUCAUGUUACAUCACAGACAUUUUAGAGAAAAAAACCAUUUCCCCUGUUUAAGUGCCUUUUGAGGAGUUUCCUGUAGAUCGCUGGAGGUGAUUGAGAUGAUUCCUGAGUUACACACUGCACACGAAACACAGAGGCACGUUUUCCUUACAUCGCAGCACACAUCGACACAUCAGUGACUUUAUCAUAACAUGAAACCUAAUGCAUGUCUACUCUGCAAACUGGCAAUAACUUUUUUGGGACCCCUAUUUAGUGCACAUUGAUUGCAACACAACAGCGUGUUUAAGUACACACACGUGUACACUUCCUAAGUGAAUGUAUGUAAUCUACAAAAGCAAAUGUGUCAAAAGACAAUCUCUCUGGUGCCUGAUUUGAGGAUGUGUGUGUGUGUGUGUUUGAGUGUGUGAGUGUGUGUGUGUGUGUAAUUGUGUGUGUGUAGUGUGCACAGGAAGAUGAGGAGCCCUAGUAAUGAAAGGGGGCCCCGAAAUCACAAAACAACCUCAACUUGAAUCUUCAGCCCCUGAGGGGAAUUAAUCGCAUUCUGUCACAUUUUGACACGGUUUGACACAACAGACUUGUGGUGUGCCAUUUGUAUUGUUGUACAGUUUAUGGUGUUUUUAUUUCAGCUAGUUACUUACCUUUUUUUUUUUUCUCUUAAGUUGUUCCUUCUGCUUUGUUGAAUGUAUUAGGGUCAAUGUGGAGUAGCCAAAAGUUUUAAAUUUGCAGUGUAAUGAGAAAAAUAAGAGAGAAAGUGAUUUUAUGAUUUAUUAGGGUCAACUUCACUGUAUAUAAGUAAAAAUGUGGCUGAGAUUAAACAAUUUGCACUUU